AAGGACUGGUUCGCCAAACGCAAGAAGUUCAAGCGGCCGCCCCAGCGCCUCUUGGACGCCGAGAAGAUCCGACCCCCGGGAUCCACCGAGACCCCCGGGGAUCCACCGGAACCCCCCCCCGCGCCCGCAGCUGGCCCGGACGGGACUUCCUGGGACGAGGGCAACCGCUCAAGGGGCUUCCUGUUCAAGGGCUUCGCCAUGUCGGCCGUGAUCACGGAGGGCGUCAAGCCCACCCUGUCCGAGCUGGAGAAAUUCGAGGACCAACCCGAGGGCAUCGACCUGGAGGUGGUGACCGAGAGCACAGGGAAGGAGCGCGAGCACAACUUCCAGCCCGGCGACAACGUGGAGGUGUGCGAGGGCGAGCUCAUCAACCUGCAGGGCAAGAUCCUCAGCGUGGACGGCAACAAGAUCACCAUCAUGCCCAAGCACGAGGACCUCAAGGACAUGCUGGAGUUCCCGGCGCGGGGAGCUGCUUAUACUUCGCAUGGGCUUAACGUGAAGGUGAUGCUGGGGGCCGAGGGGUACACCGGGCUCAUCGUCAGGGUGGAGGAGAACUUUGUGAUCCUGUUCUCGGACCUGACCAUGCACGAGCUGAAGGUGCUGCCCCGGGACCUGCAGCUCUGCUCCGAGACGGCCUCGGGCGUGGACGUGGGCGGGCAGCACGAGUGGGGGGAGCUGGUGCAGCUGGACCCCCAAACCGUGGGCGUGAUCGUGCGCCUGGAGCGGGAGACCUUCCAGGUGCUGAACAUGUACGGCAAGGUGGUGACGGUGCGCCACCAGGCGGUGACCCGCAAGAAGGACAAUCGCUUCGCCGUGGCGCUGGACUCGGAGCAGAACAACAUCCACGUCAAGGACAUCGUCAAAGUCAUCGACGGCCCCCACUCCGGCCGGGCAGGUAGAUCGAGACACCUGUUCCGCGGCUUCGCCUUCCUGCACUGCAAGAAGCUGGUGGAGAACGGCGGCAUGUUCGUGUGCAAGACGCGGCACCUGGUCCUGGCGGGGGGCUCCAAGCCUCGGGACGUCACCAACUUCGCCGUGUGCGGCUUCGCGCCCAUGUCGCCCCGCAUCAGCAGCCCCAUGCACCCCAGCGGGGCCGGGCAGAGGGGCGGAUUUGGGGCCGGGGGGCUGAGCCGGGGCCGCGGCCGGCGCGACAACGACCUGAUCGGGCAGACGGUGCGCAUCUCCCAGGGGCCCUACAAAGGGUACAUCGGCGUGGUGAAGGACGCCACGGAGUCGACGGCGCGCGUGGAGCUGCACUCGACGUGCCAGACCAUCUCGGUGGACAGGCAGAGGCUGACCACCGUGUGA